AUGACUAAAUCAAAACGAGAAAAUUUUCUCCAAGUCUUGCGAAUAUCUUUCGUCUUCGUAUGCAUGGGUGGAUUUCUGUUCCAAAGCACGGAGUUCAUGCUGCUGUACUGGACGUAUCCGACUGUUGUCGAUAUACAGCAGAUUGCUCCGUCCAACCUGGAAGUGCCUGCCUUCACGUUUUGUAAUUCCGUGGGAUACAAAUAUCCAGAAUUCUGCAGUGGGUUUCCCAUAAACCCAUGUACACCUCCAGUUUUCAAUUCUCCACUAGCAGAAGAAGUCGCGUGCAAGCGAUUUCCAGCUGUCUGUUUUGAUGGAAAGUUUGCCGAAAACUUUACGAUAAUUAAAUACAAGGAAUUCAUGCAAGGAGUUCAACUCACUGCUGAAGAUCAUGAUAGACUGAGGGUGGAGUUGAGAGAUUUCAUGCAAUGUGAGAUCGAAAUUGCCGAAAAGAAAUUGCCUUGCGAUAUGGAAAAUGUUCUGGGAUCUUUGUACAGCAAAGAUGAUCUUCCGCAAUAUUGUUACACAAUUUAUUCUUUGUGGGGAAAUCCUGAGAAAAAAAGAACGUUACUGUCGAAAGGAGCAAUUAUGAAGCUGCAUUUCUUCAUGAAUCAGUCGGUGAAAUACAAAAAGGAUGGUACUAUGAAGCCGGAAUACAGCCUCCCGAGCUCUCCGAGCAUUCAAAUUGCUGUUCAUUCUCCAUAUUUCCUUCCCAGUCCUUACUUGGAAGGGAGCAACUACUUAGGUGGGAGAGCAUAUGAAUUAAGACUCACAAUGAGUGAGACACAUCUUCUGCCCUUCCCGUAUCAGACGAACUGCACGGAUUAUAUGACCGUGUGGAGAGAAAGACAAGGCAAGGCCCCCAUCAACCAACUCGCUGUUGUUCAGGAAUGUCGGUUGAACAUAACUUAUGAGAAACUGGGCUGCGUUCCAUUGUAUCUGGAUUAUCCUCAUCAGUAUGACACUUGUGAGACAUGUUCUUCGGUGUGUAAUGGUAAUUCAGCAGACGAAUGUACUUUUUUGGCCGAUAGUUACAACCAACCAUGCUAUUCAAUUACCUACCAUACUACUAAAGAAGAUAAAGAAAUCAUAAAAUAUAAGACCAUUGAUUCCAAUUUCCUCGGAAACAAUGAGCUAACACUACCUGAAAUAAUCCAUCCUAAAUCAGAGCGAGAUGCAUAUGGUAUAUUUUCGCCUCCCUUGAUGGUUUCUUCUCUGAACAUUGGCAUGGAAAUGUCUACUCCUAAUAGAAUAGCAAUUGGUCCAGUUUUGAAAAAUGCUGGAUCUGCCAAAAGUCUGGAAGUCUUCAGUGUCAUUGGUGGAUACAUGGGCAUGUGGCUGGGAAUUUCGUUCUUGACCGUCUACGAUUUCGUUGGUUCCACCAUAAGAUUCAUCAACGUGUACUUCAAAAGAAAAAGGGAAUUGAGAGAAGCCAGGUUGCAUCCGGAAUCGAAACGAAAGCGGCGUUCGAGGGUCCGGUACAGUCACAUCAACCGAAGUUACCAAAACUGA